GAGCAGGUGAUGUGAGCUGAUUUGAAAGAAAGUUACAAUGGCACUUCUGCGAGAUCAGACGAUUAUCUGUGCGUUAUGGACAGUAUAUGUGUGUCAGACUGCAGGAAGACAACAUGCCCCAAACAUCAUUAUCAUGCUUAUGGAUGAUAUGGGAUGGGGUGAUUUGGGGGUAUUUGGAGAGCCCUCCAAGGAAACGCCAAACUUGGAUCUGAUGGCCGCUCAAGGGAUGCUGUUUCCAAACUUCUACACUGCCAAUCCUCUCUGCUCCCCCUCCAGGGCAGCAUUGCUUACUGGUAGACUUCCUGUCAGAAAUGGAUUCUACACCACCAAUGCUCACGCUAGGAAUGCAUACACACCACAGGAAAUAGUGGGGGGAAUAUCACAGGAUGAGAUUCUGCUUCCAGAACUGCUGAAGAACAAAAAUUAUGUCAACAAGAUCAUUGGCAAGUGGCACCUUGGCCACAGAACUCAAUACUUGCCUCUGAAGCAUGGCUUUGAUGAAUGGUUUGGUGCACCUAACUGCCACUUUGGCCCUUACAACAACAGUUUCCGUCCCAACAUACCUGUUUACAACAACUCUGUGAUGAAGGGAAGGUAUUAUGAAGAGUUUGAGAUAAAUGUGAAAGCAGGGGAAUCCAACCUCACUCAGAUUUAUUUGAAGGAAAGUUUGGACUUCAUCUCUCAGCAGGCUCUCGCCCAGCAGCCCUUCUUUCUCUACUGGGCUCCAGAUGCUACCCAUGCACCUGUUUACGCCUCAAACCCCUUUCUUGGAAAAAGCCAGAGGGGGCGCUAUGGCGAUGCAGUGAUGGAGUUGGACCACAGCAUCGGUCAGAUUCUUGACCUGCUUGUCAGUCUGGGCAUCCAGAACAACACACUGGUGUUCUUUACCUCUGAUAAUGGGGCAGCAGUGAUGUCCGGACCAUUACAAAGUGGCAGUAAUGGUCCAUUCCUCUGUGGGAAGGAGACUACGUUCGAAGGAGGUAUGAGGGAACCAGCCAUUGCCUGGUGGCCUGGACGCAUCCCUGCUGGAACAGUGAGUUAUCAGUUAGCCAGCGUGAUGGAUCUCUUCACCACGAGUCUCACUGUGGCUGGCCUUCAUCCCCCUGACGACCGCAUCAUUGAUGGGAUAGAUCUGAGUCCCGCCCUCUUUAACAACUCACUCGUAGACAGGCCCAUCUUCUAUUACCGUGGCAACCAGAUGAUGGCAGUGCGGAUUGGGCAAUACAAAGCGCAUUACUGGACCUGGAGCAACUCAUGGGAGGAAUUCAAAAAGGGUAUAAACUUCUGCCCUGGUCAGGAGGUGCCUGGUGUCACCACUCACAAGCAAGAGGAACACACCCUGCAGCCGCUCAUCUUCCACCUUGGGCGGGACCCUGGGGAGAGAUACCCAAUCAGUGUCCUGUCUAAGGAGUACCAGAAUGUUUUCAGACACGUGACAGCAUUGGUGGAGCAGCAUCAGAAGGACUUGAUCCCUGGAACGCCUCAACUCAACAUGUGUGACCUGGCAGUCAUGAACUGGAGUCCUCCUGGCUGUGAGCAGUUGGGCAAAUGUCUUAAAGCACCCGAGUCAAAGCCGUGGAAGUGUGAGUGGCCGCACUAAUUCAGUUCAUCUUCAGGAACUUUGAUAAAGGAGUGAAUCUCAGGAAACUUUUCGCACCAAACUACGUUCAUCUGUAGGAGACAGAAUGCACCUCCUUCCUAAGUGGUAUGAUGGCUGUGUGGUACCAUGGUGUUUAUACUUGCGUACUAUUGUUUGUACAGAUGAAUGUGGUACCUUCAGGCAUUUGGAAAUUACUCCCAAGGAUGAAACAGACUUGUGGACAAUUUUUUUUUUCUGAGGUCUUGGCUGAUUUAUUUUGAUUUUCCCUUGAUGUCAAGCAAAGAGGCACUGAGUUUGAAGGUAGGCCUUAAAAUACAUCCACAGCUACACCUCUAAUUGACUCCAGUUAGCCUAUCAGAAGCUAAUUGGCCAAUUGUCUAAAGGCUUGACAUAAUUUUCUGGAAUUUCCAAGCUGCUUAAAGGCACAGUUAACUUAGUGUAUGUAAACUUGUAACUUUAACUGUAUUUCAAGGUUGCUCUAUUCUAAUACAUGUUUUCUCUCUACUCUAAAUCAAAUAAAAUACUUGCACAGUAAAAUACAA